AAUCUCUUUGACUCAUUAAAACCAUACGCUGGAGCCGCCAAGCUUUCCGAUGACGACUUCGAUAACUUCUUGAAGUCGUGGACAGAACUGCCUGGAUUCCCGGUUGUUAAUGUUACCCGUAACUAUGAUUCCAAAACAAAAAGGUUUCUUUUCAAGGGUGAAGGAUCACAGUUAUAUUAUGUUCCCAUAACUUGGACAAUGGAAGGUCGUUCUUUUGAAAUCUGGAGACCGAACCAUUACCUUACCCCGCAAAAUCCGGUGAUGGAUUUGGAUGGAGUAGUUUGGCCU